AAUGUUGCUUGGAGCUCACAGUUGAGAAAGGAAGUUGCUGGAGUGAAGGGUGUAGCUCCUCUUUGGUGAGAGUCAGGUUGUUGAUGUCCAUGUAUAUUAUUGAACUGGGCUUUUCCAAUAAUCUGCUCCAGUAUCCUUCAGAGACCAGUCCUAGUCAUUCCAAGAUGCCUGCGUCCAAGGAAGUUAGACAGUGUUUGGGGCUGUGGAGAGUGGUUUAGUAUAAGAAAUGUGUUUGACAGGUAUGUGCAAUUGUUCUCAUUAUGCACAGUCACUUGAUGGAGAGGCAGAGAUGGGCUUUUCUGGCAGUAGUGAAGAGAUCUCCUGAUACAGGAGGCGAAAGCUUACCUGCUCUUUCAGUCUGUGUUUCCUCAGCGCCCGUGCUUUGCCAGCUCUGGACUUCUGCCCCGCAGCUCCAGCCAGCAAUCCAGGCCUAGUGGGGACCAGUGGGCUGCCUUGCUUCCUAGGGUUGUGCAUGGCCAGGCUGAAUGGAAUGGGAUUAGCACACCCCUCAGGCUUGCAGAGCCUGGGAUCAAAGGCCUCUUGCUGGCAGUCACUGAUGGAGAAUAUCAUCCAUUAUCUUUGUGUCUGAUCACUUCCUAAUCUCAGCACUAGCUGUUUGAACAGUUCCUCUUCUGGAUGGUGGGGACUGAGGGACAGGGAGGACCAGGGGAGGAACACUAGCAGAGCAGGGGCUGAUCCCUGGACCCUGACCUCCAGAGUAGUAUCCUGAGGCUGAAUAUCCUCCUGGAAGUAACACAACACCUGCAUUGCAAAGGGAGGGAAACACCACCUUUUCACAACGUGUAAUUUUUCAUUUUGCUCACCUCUGUUUUGCUGGUUUUUGUUCCUCUGCUCUGUCAGAUUCUGGGUCUCACUCUAAAACUGUACCUUUGCCUGCACAAUUAUGCCCACAGGUAAUAGGAAACCAGGGUUUCAAAAGAAAACCUGAUCCCAUUGCUAGAUAAUAGCAGUUUCCUAAAUAAAUGUGUGGUUGCCCGGGGGGGUGAGGUUGUUGCCAGAUGCACCUUUUCUUGAUUGGUGAGAACAAGAGAUGACGCUUCCUGGCGUAUAAGUGCAAGAGAAAACACGGGAGCACAGAUAAGCACAGCAAGCGAGCCACCUGGAAGGAAGAGCUGAGAAGGUGUUAAAGCAGCUGCCUGCCAUGGCAUUUGGAAUGCUAAUCUAUAUUUUGCUGAAAGCAAUGGGGGCACUGAGUGAAGAGUCAGCUAUUACUGCUUCAUCCCUCAGCACAGACUUAUGGAAUAAUUGGACAAAAAACAACGCUGAAGUGGAUUACACAGAGCAGCCAAAGCUCUUGAAGCUCAUGCAGACCUGCCUUGAGGAACACCACAGCUAUUGUAUCAACGGGCUCUGUGCUUUCCACAGCGAGCUGAGGAAACCCAUAUGCAAGUGCCUUGCGGGUUAUAAUGGAGAAAGGUGUGAACAUUUAACACUGAAUUCAUAUGCACAUGAUUCUUACGAGCGCUACAUAGCUGUGGGAAUUGGUGUAGGAAUACUGACCAGUGGAAUACUUGCCAUCAUCUACUGCUACGUAAGAAAGAGAUGCAGGAAAUUGAAAUCCCCCUACAAAGUCUGCGUGGGUGAGACGGCACUGUGAAGGUCUGGCACUGGGACACUCACCAGUUUGCCUGCAAAGGAGGGGAAGGUCUGCUGGGAAGGCCCCCCUGCACCAUCCGACAGGUGCCCCAGCCUCGCAGAGGAGAUGAACUCGAGGGAAUGGCAGAGGAGGAUGUGAAGGGAACUCCUGCAGAACUGACAGGCUCCGUUUAGUGUUGAAGAAAGACCUCCUCUCCUUGGUAAAGGUGGCUCAUGCUCAGGUCCAAGCAGCUGAGGGCACUGGCAGGCCUCUUGACGCUCUCCUGUGGUUGGUGUUUGCCAAGGGAAGGACCUGGUUGGUUUUAGCUGUUUUCAGUCAUUUCAAGCCCUAGAACAGUGUUCCGCUUUGGUCUUUUGUGUGUUUUGUUUUGGUUUUUUGUUUGUUUUUUCUUCUUUUUUCUCCUGGAGGAAAAGCACCACCUCUCUCACAGUGGAGCUGUAUUCUGGACAUCAGGCACUGACCAGAAAACAUUUGGAUUCUGAUUUUGGUGUCUGCUGGCUGUGUGUGUGGAUAAACAUCCCUCUUUCAACCCAGCUGUUACCUCCAGUGUAAUGGGCCAAGUACAGGCUUCUGCUGCCAUAAAGGACAAAACCAAAAUGCUUUGGACUGAGGACAAUGACUGGUUUGCAAAAGUUUUCUUAAACUUAGGAAUAGAGACUAAGCAAUUCCUGGAAAAUUAGAUCAUGACACCUCUGGGCAUGGCAUGCUCUCAUUGUUUUCAUGAGCAAAGGAACCAGGCAUCUUUCUCAAAAUGGAUUAUGGAGUGUGCUUCUGACAAAGAACCUUUCUCAUCCCAAACAUCAUCCAGCAGCUCCUCAGAUCCAUGGAACUUCAGGCAGAACAUUGCCUUGCUGCACCCUGAUUUCUGCACAAGACUUCAAUUUCUAGAGAAGCUGGAAUUUUUUCUAAAACUUCAGUACACAGGAAACAGACUACUCCAUUCUCACAUUAUCAGCACAAUGUGACCACUCAAAUAAGAAAAAAAAUUAUCUUGGGGAUUUGGUUCUACCCUGGACAAACAUAUCGGAUGCUUGGCUCUCUUCAUCUCAUCUACAAAGAAUUUCAAAGGUACAAAGAUUUUGUUCAAAGAAAAGAGAAGAAAAUUGAUUCUGAAGAUGGUGGCACUAACUGGGACUUCUCAGUGACAGCUGGAGUGUUUGCCAGUGCUGACGAGACUGGAGAUGGUUCUCAGAGGUUUUCAUUUCAGCUGUUGUACGUUUUAGACUCACCUGCUGUGCUCAGUCAUCUUCCAGAGAAAGGCAGUUGGUACUUGAAGAUUUUGUGGGGUAAUAUCAGCUCCUAAAUUCAGGUGACUUGCUGAAAGCGCAGUUUCUUUGUUAUGUGAAUUAAUUUUCACAGCAGGAGGCAUGUUGCUUGUUGAAAAAACUGUGUAUUUGUGAGACUAUGGUGACAAUUCUGAUAUGUGAAUGAAAGGUGGAGUUUGAAAGGGUUAAAAGUGCCUGUGGCACUCAAGUGGUCUGGAGUUCAGGGGGCUUCUUCCAUGGGGGUCCUGGUCAGUAGCUGAGCCAUUUUGGCUCUCCAUGUGAUGCCAACAAAUAAAACAGCACAUCACUCACUGUUUGGAAUCCCACAUAUCAGAGGGAACAAGCGGCACAUGCCUGGAUUGAGACCAGUCCUUUCCUCUGCACAUCAACAUCAGCAUUUUCCAACUCAGCCUUUUUGUCUUCUUCAUCUCAAGUUAAAUCCUCAAAUCUCUGCAUUGUUUGCUCCUUUCCAUUCUUCUGACCUUUUAUAAAUGUCCACUGCCAGACAACUUGUGCUCUUCACAAUUUUCAACUCAGCUUUCAGUAGUGGCCCCGCCGUUUUCUGUGUCACACGUGUGUAGUGAGAGGGCAACGAUAUGUGAAUUACAGUCUGUGUAUCCACACUGAGGCACAGACAAAAACCACCCUUCACCCCUCUCACAUGGAAAUACCUAUUGAAAACAUGCAUGCUGUCAGGAAAACACAGGUGAGAGAUCUUUAUUAUCGAUCUCAGAGAAAAUUUUAGAGCUAAGUAUCCAAAGGAUGAAAAACCUCAGGCUUUUUGUCAGGAGUGCAUCUCCCUCUCAAGAGUGAGUUGUCUCUUCCUGUGUGCACGCUGCCAGUGUUGGAUUCACCCCCCGGGGACCAACCCUCCUCCGUCGAAGAGGCUCUGUCUUGGAGCAGGCACACACCUUCCUCAGGGGGUACGUGCAGUUGUUAAAGAAGUUCUAAGGGCGGGAGUUUGAGCAGCAGGACAUUGCCUUGCCUAAAGAAAGCUGUUGGAGAGAUGGAUUUGGUUUGGUUUUAGCUGUUUGUAUGUCCUCUUACUGAUGUUUUUUAUACCCUUAAUGUACCAGUGGCCAAGCAGGUACCUUACAGGAUAUGGGAGUUGUUCUUCAAAAGUAUUUACUCAUUGCAGUGAGACAUUCUGUACCUAUAGAAAACACACACUAAAUUUUUUUUCAUGUUUAGUUAAACGUAACUGAACAGGAAGGUUUACUUCAAGGCCACAAUUUACCAGGAGACUACAUAGUGAAAUAUGUUUUUCCAGUUGGCUUUCUGGCCCAAGGCAGCUUUGGAGGGGCUACCAGUGUGAGUUUGCUGAGAUUUUUUUGUUAGUGGAAGAAAAGCUGGAGAAUGAAACACCAGAUGAGUGUGUGCCACACAAAAUGAGACUUUGUGUCAGGGUAGAAUGAGAAUAAAAUGGAAAGACAAAGAUGAGCAGAAGGAAGGAAGCA